GCAGCGGAACACCGGUGCAGCGUUUGCGCAAGCGUGCCAGCCGGGCGUAUAUAUUUUUCUCCCGCCAUCCUGCUGCGUGUCAGCGGAUCACUUUCAAUAACAUUUUAUUUUGCCGGUUGAAUGUGUAUACGCCUUCGUGUACAUGCGCGUCGCGAUCUCGGCGAUCCAUCGCCCACGCUGCUGUAUCAUUCCAUGUGUUGAUGAUGAUCCCUUUUUCCACAAGAAAAUUGCUUACUAAUUGAUCAACCGGCGAAUUGUUAUUUGGCGCAAUAAAGUGCAAUUUAUAAAUAUACGCGCGCACACUAUUGUGCAUGAUUAUAAAGCGAUGUACAAAUACGCUGCACGCAAACUAGGUUAAAAGCGCAAGAUCGUUUGUCUUUUGCUAACCGACUGCGACAUCUCAACGGCCCAAGGUCGUUCCGGUCAAUUUGCCUGACCAGAAAUGUCCCGGAACUGCCAUCUCUCAUCCAUCUUAUCCCGGCAUCCUCUGGUUCCCAAUUCCAUCACCCUCCUGCAAAAUCUCCGCUUCCGGUCAAAGUCUGUCAUCAUCCAUUAGAGACAACAACUAACUGCAAUAGUUGUCACCACAAUGGGCAACUGUAAUUCCUGUUUUGUAAUCAUGUCGCUCUUGUCGUCGGCGGCCACCUGUGCCGGGUUUUUCUUACCGUACUGGAUCAAGGGUCAACUGAAGCAGCAGCCGACGGUGGUGGCCACGUUCUUCGGGACGUUUCGUCGUUGUGCCUUCCCGCAGAUCAGCGCUGACCAGACGGAGAUUGUCAUUGUCAAUGAGUGUGGACGGUACAGUUCGUUUAUGGAUAUUCCCUCGGUCUACUGGCAGCUGACCACGCUGGUCGUGGGCGCGGGCUCCAGUUUGACGCUCUUUUCGGCGGUUAUUUCUUUUCUGGCUUGUUGGGUCAAUGAGAUGUGGAACAAGCUGUUUAUUAAAGUCUUGGGAAUUUUGCAUUUAGCUGCAGGUCUGCUGAUUACGAGCGGCCUGUGCAUAUAUCCGCUCGGCUGGGAUCAUCGUGAAGUGCGGGAUGCCUGCGGCCAGUCGGAUAAAUACCAAUUAGGAUCCUGCCGGAUAUUUUGGUGUUAUUUUAUACUGAUCGCCACCGGAAGUGCGGAGUUUUUUCUCUUCAUUGCCUCAUUACGAAUGUCUCCCUCCAUAGCUGCACAGCGUCCUGUACCGGUGGCCGCCAAGGAUCCCUACACGGACUACGCCUGUGUUCAAGAUGUCUAAGGGGAUUUUGGCGGCGUAUGCGCAUACGCGGCAAGUGGGGAUCGGCGCGCCAUUACAUUAAAUUAUUCCUCGUCCACCGUAUCGACACUCUGUUUUUUGCCCCUCUCCCCGGCUGGCGUGUACACGGAGCAUAGCGCGCCCUAAUGAUUGGCGUUUUAACAGCAAUUGAUGGCUUUCUUAAUCGUCCCACUUGGGAUGUAUAGGGGAUUUUUUCCCCUCUACUUUCACGUCAUUUCCAAUGAGCCACGGUGGUAUUGAUUUUUUUCUAAACCCCUGUUGCAGUACUUAUAUGCUGUUCAUCAAUCUUGCCAUAUGGAAGGCUUUCUUAUGAGUCAAUGACGCGCUUGUCGUACGAGUGCAAUGUCACGCGAAUGUAACGUGCUGUACGAGUGCGAAG